GCGCCCGCGGCGGCUCAGCGGAGCCCACUUCCGGUCAGGGCAGCCGUAAAGCAUCCCCGCGCUUGCGGCCCCUUUUGCGGCAGUGGCCGUCGAGCGCGGCCGCCCAGCGAAGUCCGCCGUCCAGACUCGCUCCGGGCGCGGGAGACGGUCGGCGGACGGGCGCGGCCAGGCCGGUGUCCUCGGCGACUGCCGCUUGCCCCGGGUGCCCCGCAACCCCCUCCCGGCAUUCCCUGCGCCUGCUCGGCGGGCAGAGCGCGGCUCCACCCGAAAACAGGAUUAUCUUAGUAUCCAAAAAGAUGAAACCCACUGAGUUACUCUCAAAAGACAACCAAGCGAAUGCCAGAGACUAAUGAGUAGAAUCAACAAGAACGUGAUUUUGGUCCUAUUAACGCUGACAAGUUCUGCAUUCCUCCUGUUUCAGUUGUACUACUACAAGCAUUAUUUGUCAACAAAGAAUGGAGCUGACUUAUCAAAAUCCAAAGGAAGACGAAUUGGAUUUGAUAGCAUACAGUGGCGUGCAAUUAAAAAAUUUAUUAUGCUAACAUCCAAUCAAAAUGUACCAGUGUUCCUUAUUGAUCCUUUGAUUCUGGGACUAAUCAGUCAAAAUUUUGACCAAGUGAAAAAUACUUCUUAUGGCUCCACUUCAGAAUGCAAGUUUUUGUGUGUUCCAAGAGACUUCACUGCAUUUGCACUGCAGUACCAUCUGUGGAAGAAUGAGGAAGGCUGGUUUCGGACAGCUGAAAAUAUGGGGUUUCAAUGCCUAAAGAUUGAGAGCAAAGAUCCUCGGCUGGAUGGGAUAGACUCACUUUCUGGAACCGAGAUUCCUCUGCACUAUCUCUGCAGACUGUCCACUCACGCCAUCCACUUAGUGGUCUUUCAUGAGAGGAGUGGCAACUACAUCUGGCACGGCCACCUGCGGCUCAAAAGACACAUUGACAGGAAAUUUGUCCCCUUUCGAAAGUUACCCUUUGGUCGGUACCCGGGAGCUUUUGAUAGACCAGAGCUACAACCAGUUACCGUUGAUGGACUAGACAUUCUCAUGCCAAAAGAUCCUACGCACUUCCUACAAGAAAUACCACACUCCAGGUUUAUAGAGUGUCAGUAUAAAGAAGCCCGAGCAUUCUUUCAGCAAUACCUUGAUGACAAUACCAUGGAAGCUAUGACUUUUCGAAAAAGUGCGAAAGAAUUGUUGCAACUAGCAGCCAAAACGCUAACGGAGUUGGGAAUACGUUUCUGGCUGAGCAGUGGAACGUGUCUAGGAUGGUAUCGGCAGUGCAGUAUCAUUCCUUAUAGUAAAGAUGUUGACCUAGGCAUUUUUAUACAAGAUUACAAACCUGAUAUCAUUUCAGCAUUUCAGGAUGCGGGACUUCCACUCAAACACAAAUUUGGGAAGGUAGAAGACAGUUUGGAACUAUCUUUCCAAGGAAAAGAUGAUGUAAAACUCGACAUUUUUUUCUUCUAUGAAGAGACUGACCAUAUGUGGAAUGGAGGCACUCAGGCCAGAACAGGAAAAAAAUUUAAAUACUUAUUUCCUAAGUUUACACUGUGCUGGACUGAGUUUGUAGAUAUAAAGGUCCGUGUGCCCUGUGAGACCGUCAAAUACAUUGAAGCCAACUACGGUAAGGCCUGGAAGAUUCCUGUGAAGGCCUGGGACUGGAAGCACUCUCCCCCCAAUGUUCACCCCAAUGGCAUCUGGCCUAUUUCUGAGUGGGAUGAAGUUAUCCAGUUAUACUAAACUCGUUGUUUGCAAUGGUGGAACGAAUCCCCUUGCCUAAAAUAGAAGUGGAUCACUGUUCAGAAAGAUAGAUGUAUAUUGUCAAACAGAAGUAGGAGCCAAAGAAAGAUGGUACAUUUGAAGACACAGGAAGAUUCUCGGUCAUCUAGCUUAAUUGGCUCAUUUUCCACUGACUAAAGAAUGAGUGUGUGCCGGGGAGAAGCAGAGGUGGUGAGUGAGAGAGAUGCCUACCUUCUGCCCCCCUUCCUUUAGGUAGGUGUCCCAAUUUCCCCUUGGGGAACACGCCUGCCAUUUGAAGAGCUCAUACGGAAUAUGAUAAGCUCUCUAAGUGCUUUCAAACUGUUCAGUAAUAUUCGGACUGGCAGAUCAGGAGAAUCAUGGAAGAGUAGUUAAAAUGUGCUUUGUUUGGCUGUAGGAGACAGCAUAAUGGUUAUACAGAGACUCAUGUCUGAGGCCCCGAAGUCCCAGGUUCAGUCCCUGGUAAUGCCUUAAGCCAGAGCUGAGCAGUGCUGUGGAAGAAGGCAGGCAGGCUGGCAGGCAAGAGGGAAGGAAGGAGAAGGAAAGUUUAAGAAAAAGUGUUUUGUUCUUGUUCUCAGCACGUAAGUGGGUAUAUUAGUGCUAUUUUUUAAAAUGUGGAGUCCGAGUUAUUUUAUUUUUUUUUUUUUUGCCUCCAGGGUUUUUGCUGGGGCUUGAUGCCUGCACUACGAAUCCACUGCUCCUGGAGGCCAUUUUUCCCAUUUGACAGGACAGAGAGAAAUUGAGAGAGGAGAGGAGAUAGAAGGGGAGAAAGAGAGAUACCUGCAGACCUGUUUCCCUGCUUGUGAAACAACCCCCUGCAGGUGGGGAGCCUGGGCUGGAACCGGGAUCCUUGUGCUGGUCCUUGCACUUCACACUAUGUGCUGCGCGCUUACCUCCGUGCGCCACCACCAGACCCCUCCAACUUACUGUUCAAGUGAUCACACAUUGAGUGGAAUCAAUAAAUGGUGCUGGCAUGUUCAUACUAUGUUAUAUGAACGUGAUUUAAAAUACAGGGCAUCAUUCUAUAUGAGGACGAGAGCUUAUUUCUAGCCGUGUCAAACAUAACUGGAUUUUCAUGCAUUUACUAUUUUCAUAUUUCAAGCAAGAAGAAAGUUUCUGACCAGGUGGUGGUUAAAACUUUCACUCAUCGUGAGACUAUUUUUCAUUGAAUUCUGGAAGCAUCUGUUGACAAAUCAUUCAUGUAAAGCCACGUUACCAGAUGUGAUUUUGAAAGGAUUAUGAUUUCACAGACAUAUUCUCCUUAUUUCAUUUUCUAUUACUCUUCAAGAUAAAAAUUGGGUUACUAUUGA